UACAGCAUCUGCUUGGGCAUUUAGCACCAACACAAAGGUUCUAAAAUGUCUCGUGCUCAUACCACGGAAAAAGCUGAGGCAUAUGCUCAAGAGCUGAACAGGAAGCGAAUACUUCAAGCAACAGAGGAAGAUGCUGAAAAUAAUGAAAAUGGGUCAGACAAGAUUGCAUUUGGCGCAGCAGGGCAAUAUGAUACAGAUGUGUAUGGAAGUGUUCGUGGCAAUAGAAGUGGCAAAUACCUUGAUUCAAUCAAUACUGCAGAUGAGGAUGACAUCGAUGAAGAUACCAUCGUACCUGUGAAUAAGAAAUCAGUCAAUGCUCCUGCUAAAUUCAUACAUGAAGCAGCUCACACUGGUGGUGAUGAGCCCGAUCCAUUUGCGGAAACUCGUACUAAGACAAUCAUAGAAAGGCAAGCAUCCAAAUAUGCAGAACGUGCUCGACACAGAGCUAUCUCUCCAGAUCGAGUUGAUGCAUUCAUUGACCAAACACCCGAUCAGAGGAACCGUGGUUAUGCAGAGAUCAUGAAAGAGCAGCAGUAUAAAGAGGAGAAGGGAAAGGUUGAGAAAGAACUUGCCGAUCGAGCCAAAUCUGGUGAGUUACAGUCAGUUGCAGCUCCAGAAAAGAAGAGGGGACGUUGGGAUGAGACUCCAUCACACGAGGUACUUGGUGCUGGAUCAGCAACACCCGGAGGUGCCACUCCAGGUGGGGCACCACGUAAACGUUUAGGGAUCUCCAGUAUCAGCGCAGACGCGGCAACGCCGCACGUGGCGAGAUGGGAAGAAACGCCAGCUCAUGCAAAUGCAACCGAUGCUACACCAUCUGUCAAUAGGUUCGAUUCAACGCCAUCAACGCAGACCCCACGAAGAAAUCGGUGGGAUGAAACACCACGCGAGAGCGUACGUGAUACCGGAUCUAUGACUCCUGGAUGGGGAAUGGAAACUCCUGCUCGUGCCACAGACGAUGUCAAGGUUGAAGACACUCCCUCAGCUUCAAAACGUCGUUCAAGGUGGGAUUUGACACCUUCGCAAACUCCAGCUGCCGGAUCGGCUACACCGCAGCCUGGUUCAGUAACACCCUCAUUUACACCAAGCCAUGGAAGCACACCUGCUGGUGGGCUGACGCCAGGAGGAGCUACACCAUUGGGAACGCCAGCAAUGGGAAUGAAAACUCCCAUGGCGCCAGUGGCUAUGACCCCAGAGCAGAUGAAAAACUUUCUGUGGGAGAAAGAGCUGGAUGAUAGAAAUCGUGCUCUUAGUGAUGAAGAACUGGAUGCACUGUUUCCUCCAGGUUAUAAGAUCUUGCCGCCUCCAGCUGGUUACAUGCCGUUGAGAACUCCGACACGUAAGCUUAUGGCUACUCCCACACCGCUAGGAGGCAUCGCUGCCGGAGGAUUUUUUAUGCAGGGAACUCCAGAGAGAGAUGGGCUUGGUGAUAAAGGCGUGGGAGGUAUUCUCGACACACAGCCAAAAAAUCAGGAUCUUCCACCGCUCAAACCGGAUGAUAUGCAGUAUUUCGACAAGCUGCUUAUGGAUGUUGACGAGAGUACUUUAACGAAAGAGGAGCUGAAUGAGCGUGAAAUUAUGACACAUCUGCUAAAAAUCAAAAACGGUCUGCCACCGCAGAGAAAAAGUGGAUUGAGAAAGAUAACAGAAAAUGCUCGAAAAUACGGUGCAGGACCACUUUUCAACCAAAUUCUUCCGCUGUUGAUGUCACCUUCACUAGAAGAUCAGGAACGCCAUCUUAUGGUUAAGGUAAUCGACCGUAUACUGUACAAGUUGGAUGACUUGGUUCGUCCAUAUGUGCACAAAAUUCUCGUAGUCAUUGAACCGCUUCUCAUUGACGAGGAUUAUUACGCCCGAGUUGAAGGUCGUGAGAUCAUUUCCAACUUGGCUAAGGCCGCCGGUCUGGCGACUAUGAUCUCAACAAUGAGACCCGAUAUUGAUAACGUUGAUGAGUAUGUGCGUAACACCACUGCCCGUGCGUUUGCUGUCGUUGCUUCUGCGCUUGGUAUCCCUGCGCUGCUUCCUUUCCUGAAAGCUGUGUGUAAGAGUAGGAAAAGUUGGCAGGCGAGACAUACAGGUAUCAAAAUUGUCCAGCAAAUGGCCAUUCUUAUGGGUUGCGCUGUUUUACCGCACUUGAAGGCUCUUGUUGAAAUUGUUGAAGGAGGAUUGGAGGAUGAGCAGCAGAAGGUACGAACGAUUACUGCGUUGUGUUUGGCUGCACUGGCUGAGGCUGCUACGCCAUACGGUAUCGAAGCAUUCGACUCCGUGCUAAAACCCUUGUGGAAGGGUAUCCGAAUGCAUCGUGGUAAAGGUUUAGCCGCUUUCCUGAAGGCCAUUGGUUACCUUAUCCCACUUAUGGACGCCGAAUACGCUUCGUACUAUACUAAGGAAGUGAUGCUUAUUCUUAUUAGAGAAUUCGCUUCACCCGAUGAGGAAAUGAAAAAGAUUGUGCUCAAGGUAGUCAAACAAUGUUGCGCCACAGAUGGUGUGGAAGCACCAUACAUCCGCGAUGAAAUCUUGCCACAUUUCUUCAAAGCGUUUUGGACUCAGCGUAUGGCUAUGGACAGGAGAAACUACAGACAACUUGUGGAUACAACCGUAGAGAUGGCCCAGAAGGUGGGAAGCGCUGAAAUGAUUGCGAGAAUCGUCGAUGACUUGAAGGAUGAAAAUGAGCAGUACAGGAAAAUGGUCAUGGAAACCGUUGAAAAUAUCGUAGCAUUACAAGGUGCCAAUGAGAUUGAUUCUCGCUUGGAGGAGCAAUUGAUUGAUGGUAUUCUAUACGCCUUCCAAGAACAAACGCAAGAAGAUGCCGUUAUGCUUGAUGGUUUUGGAACUGUAUGCAAAGGCUUGGGAAGACGUACAAAACCCUAUCUGCCCCAAAUCUGUGGUACCAUUCUAUGGCGUUUGAAUAAUAAAUCGGCUAAAGUUCGACAACAGGCUGCUGAUCUUAUUGCUCGAGUUGCUCCGGUGAUGCACAUCUGUGAAGAAGAGAAGCUUAUGGGUCACUUGGGUGUUGUGCUGUACGAGUACCUUGGAGAAGAAUAUCCCGAGGUACUUGGUUCAAUUUUGGGUGCUCUGAAAUCUAUUUGCAACGUGAUUGGAAUGACAAAGAUGACGCCACCUAUCAAAGAUCUCCUGCCCAGGUUGACGCCUAUAUUGAAAAAUCGUCAUGAAAAAGUACAAGAAAACUGCAUUGAUCUUGUCGGCGCAAUCGCCGAUCGUGGAUCAGAAUUUGUGUCGGCUCGUGAAUGGAUGCGUAUCUGCUUCGAACUUCUCGAAUUACUGAAAGCACACAAGAAGAGUAUACGGCGAGCUGCGAUCAAUACGUUUGGAUUCAUUGCCAAGGCCAUCGGUCCCCAUGACGUACUAGCGACGUUGUUGAACAACUUGAAAGUGCAAGAACGACAAUUGCGUGUUUGCACUACCGUAGCUAUCGCCAUUGUCGCGGAAACCUGUGCACCAUUCACAGUGCUACCAGCUAUCAUGAAUGAAUACCGAGUACCGGAGAUGAACGUGCAGAACGGAGUCUUGAAAGCUUUGUCGUUCAUGUUUGAGUACAUCGGUGAAAUGGCCAAAGACUACAUCUAUGCUGUCACGCCACUUCUUGUUGACGCUAUGAUGGAGCGAGAUCAAGUGCAUAGGCAAAUCGCUAUCGAUGCCGUUGCGCAUCUCUCUUUAGGUGUAUAUGGAUUUGGCUGUGAAGAUGCCUUAUUGCAUCUGUUGAAUUACGUAUGGCCAAAUAUGCUAGAGAACUCCCCUCAUCUCAUUCAACGAUAUAUAUUUGCUUGUGAAGGAAUGCGCGUCUCUUUGGGACCCAUUAAGGUUCUCCAGUAUUGCUUACAAGCUCUAUGGCAUCCAGCUCGCAAAGUGAGGGAACCGGUGUGGAAGGUCUACAAUAACCUCAUCCUUGGCUCGCAGGAUGCCCUUGUAGCCGGCUAUCCGCGUAUCGAGGACACCGAUCAACAUACAGACGAUGUGAUGUGCCCGGCAGAAGUGGUGGCGGAAAAUGGAGCAGAAACAAGAACGUCAGUACGUGCUCGGGUGGAUUUGCACACUACCGACCAAUGUCGUUGUAUGCGGGAGGCCACGACAUCACAAAAAACGAAAGGCCAACUAUGUCAAAAAAGCCACAAUGUUAUAGUGGUUGGUAACAGUGAAAUGGGAAAACUAUUCUCGCCUGGCACCUUCUUCAGCAUUGAAGCCAAUGACAAACAUCGAACCCAGAUUGUCAUCAAAGUGGAUGAGUUCAUUGAAAAGGAGAAAGGAGAAGUUGUCAUCUCUUUGGAUCGUUCUUCGCUUGGAGAGGCUGUAUCAAAAACAUUCACGUCGACUGGUGGUGUAUAUGUAACAGCUGAGAAGAAGAAAGUCGAAGAAGUCACGUUGGAUAACAUACAGCUUACGUUCAAGGAACUCUAUAUGAGCCGUGCUGACAUGUGGCGAUAUCGCUCGAGGUUGAUAAACACGUGUGCUUAUUUAGACAAACAGCUGCGACAUUUCAACAUCACUACGAAAGUGUCGGAUUUGUGGCAAAAAGGUAUGAUUGUGCGGAGCGGCUUCGUCUCAUCCGACACCCGUGUUGUGUUCCGUUCGAGUAGCAGCUCGAUUCUCAUAUACAUCCAAAUGAGUUCUGAGAUGUGGCAGUUGGAUCCGCAAGGUGACCUCUACUUUGAGAAAUGUGUGAAAGGUUUCAUGGCAGAGCUGUUUACCAAAUGGCAUAUGAACUCCAGUGCGCACUACGUGUCGAUUAUUCUUUGCUCACGCUUUUAUCUGUUGGGUGAUGUUGAUAAAGACGUCGCAGAGCAGUUGGGCCCUAGCGCACGCGACCACCGUGGACGAUAUUUCCAGGAUUUCUACCGAUUACUGGUGCAGAAUGAACAUUACGAAGAUUGGAGUCACGUUCUGUCCACGAUAAAACUUUCAUUCAACAACUACCAGGAGACCAUACAAGAUGUACUAGCAGCAAACUAUCCGAACUUGAAGGGUCGAUGGGAGAUUUCUACGGCUGCGGAUGGUAACUUCCUGCAAGUGUUGAACAUGAGUAUGAACUCGUUCAGUGUCUACCAUACCGAUAGGAGGUUUGAAACAACUGGACAACAGAUAAUUUUUGUGACUCCUGGAGGUGGUGUGCUGAAUGUGGAUCGAGAGAUGGUAAACAUGACCAAACAAAGAAUCAUUGACAUGGGAAUAUCACUUGACAUGGUUUGUCUGGGAGAGCAACCUCUGCAUGCGGUUCCUUUGUUCGUGUUUCACAAUCGCUGGAAUUCUUCGCAACCUUUUGAAGACUACUUCAUACCUCACUGGAUGAACUACUCGUAUUAUCGAAUGAGUAAGCGUAGCGCGAUAUCGAUCAACUUCCGGCCUCGAAUUAACCUACCAAAUGCUAUCUUGUCUGCCCCGCGUACUUUGGUUAUGGAUGGUGAGACAAUACAGCAUUGUGAUAUGCAAGCAUAUGACGUAGAGGCAUUCUCGAAGCUAUUGACUCCUACUAAAUUUGGUGAAAAGGGUAAGUCUCAGAACUUGCUGGACGAGUUGAACAGAGAGUUAGGCUUACCACCCGAACAAACUGAACCAGUCCCUUUGCAGCCUUACGAGAGAUCGCUCUCAGCUCGUGUAGGACCGAGUUCGCUAGAUAAUGCGGGGAGCGCCUUUGGAAUACGCAACGGCAUUGAAAGUGGAUCGUUGGAGCAGAAGCGUUUUGUUGGAGGAGCUCACUCUCUGCAUGCAACUAAUAGCAGACGCGGAGCACCUACUCUUAGCCGUCGCAGUACAGCUGCACAUGUGGAUGCCAUUCCACACCGUUCGCUCAUAAAUCCUUUUCGUCCGGAUCAGUUUUAUGUGCGAAUCACAGCAAACCGACGACGAUGGAUUCAUGUCUUUCCUGUUGACGAGAUGGGACGCUCAAAACUCGCUCAUCAUUACGUUGAUGGGACCUGUGCUGUACGCAUGAAUAUGAUUGAUGAGGCACCACCAGUUGAGAACAACAUCGAUAUGAGCACAAGAGAGAAUGGCGUAUCGGGUUCCCCAUCUCGUAGAAGUGAACGUCCCGAAUCUCCUCUAGUUGCUAAUGGUCCACCAACCGAGAGCACUACCAGCACGGCUACAGUAAACAUGAAAAAUGACGAUUUUACUCCCGUAAGACGCGCUGGUGAAGCGAAGAAAGAACAGACUCGUGUAUGGGCAUGGGGUUCAACAGGAGAGGAAAAGUGGAAUCCUGAUAUGGAGAUCGGCAUGGAUUGGAAAUCUUUGGUUAGAUCUGCGCUGCUUCCAAUCACCACAGACUAUUUCCCUGACGGAUUGACUCUUCUCAAGGAUUAUCUUUACACUGAACAUCAGAUUUCUGUUGUUAACGACCAUGGUACACGAGCGAAAAUGGACAUAAAUCAACUAUCGCGGCUGGUUUUUGAUCAGCUGAUUUGUCAACGGUUGCAACGUGGUUUCCAAAUCAUCCUUAUGUCAAAGCCUUUGAUCCAUGUCGCUAUCAAGCAGAGCUUGUUCACUCCUAUAAACACCGAACAAACGGAAUGCAGCAUGUCUUUCAACAAGAUUGUUCACCGACUGGUUCUAGUUGGUUCUGAUAUCACGGUGACGGUCUUCUAUCCGAAACGAAAUCGCGAAGCGGAAUCAAGCCCUCCACCGUGCAUGCAGCCGUAUUCCUACUUCUUCCAGGUACCCGUCUACCCGAACAGUCAGCUCGUGCCUGGCCAGGUGCCCGAUGAGCAAUCAUAUGAAAGGAGUACAACAAGUUUCAAGCCACAUAAUCUUGAUAAACUGAAUUGGAGCUUGUUGGAUUGCAACAUCAAAUAUAGAAACAAUUCACAAAUGUUCAAGGAAGAAAUGAAAAGCUACUCAUCGAGAUUUAUGAUGGUCCCACAGCCGGAGACCCCCAACAUUGUGCAACGAAUGCUCACCGAGCAAUUAUGUGGAGCCUCCUUCCGAUCUAUCGAAGGGACUCCGAGAUCUCCUCUGCUCUAUGACAGCAUGAUAAGAGUGCUUUUGCAAAUCAAUCGGCUAGUCCGACCACCUUCGACGUCGCCUGCAGUUCACUCCCAGCGCGACCUGCCGCCUCGAACUGAGCUCACUGUGGCAAACUACGAACAGAUCCUUGCACGAUUCAAGCAGAGUGGUUUUGUGGGAAUAACCAGUCAAAACCCAGCCGCUGUCCAUCCACCAAAUAUGUUCCUUUCUUAUGAUUUUGUGAAUUGGCUUACUGCUGGAAAUGUGAAAGAAUUGGUGACGCGUGAAAGUGCAAUUAAGUUCGCUAAUGACAUGGUCGACCUUGAGACGAUUCAAAUUGUACGAGCCACAGACACCGAGUACGAUGAACUCGAGUCUUGCGUUUCGUCCGAAUCGGAAGCACGAUUGUUCCGCUAUGGUUUUCAGUUAUGUGCAUUAGUAGAUCCAGAUCGCGAUAAGGAGUCUCCCCAUCAGUCGUACAGUCGGUUCAUGCGGGUCGAGUUUGUCCCAAACUGCUCUCCACUAGGUCCACUUGGAGAUUGCCGCUUUAAGCAAGCUGCAAUUGAUCUCGAUUUUACACCACGUGAUCCCUUUCCUCUUGGAGAGUGGGGAAGAAUAGUUUACGAUAGAUCAUACUGUGAAUCAAAAGCGUUUGAGCUGAGCGUAAAAUGGUUUAUGGCAACUGGCCAAACGGUUGCCGACACCAUUUACACCUGGCAGUCAAAGAUUUCCAAAGAGAAGUUCUAUCUAUUCCCCGUACCAGAGGAUCCGAUCGCUUUACCGAAAGAUGUUAAUUCUAAUCCUCUUCGUUGUCCCAUACGUGUUCAAGUGCAGCAGAACAUCGUUCCCGAGCAUAUGCUGGAGCAAACCUUGCAGCAUUUGCUGUUCUGUUUCGGUUUUUGUGCUAUGGAAUGUCCAGUAGAGCAUGCGACAGUAAGAGGCUCAUCCUUUACAAGUAAAGACAAAGAGUCCAUCAUGAGAAAAUCAGCAACUGGAUCGUCUCUGUAUAUGCAUCAGACGGGUGGAAUGUUUGUGUCACUUGAGAGACCUACGGAUAAACCCAUAUUCUUUUUCUGGGCAUGGAACCAUAUGCUUACGAAGAAGUAUAGACAGGAUAGUCAAUGUUCGGAAGCGUUCCAAGACUACAUGCUACGAGAAUUCCGAAAAUAUUGUGGAAAUAUCGACAACAAACUCUAUGAUUUCUAUACAUCUAUGCCUCAAACAAUAGUUUCAACAUCUUUACCUAAUUUUGCUCAGGUUGAAUUGAUUUAG